CUUCCUUUCCUUUCUCACAUGUAUUGUCCUGUGAUGAGCUGAGUAAUGGAUGUCUCCAAUACCAGAUGCAGUAUACAACCAAACCACUUACUCUCACUUUGAUCAUUCUCCUGUUGUUGCUACUCAUGAUUUGCACUUGUCCACUACCUUUUGAAUACACAGACUUCAGAGCAUAUUUUAACCAACCUAUGUAUACAUAUCAGGUGAAGAUCGAUCAUCUGAUCUGGAUUCUGAAGAAAAACUGACUGAUUCAACUGAUUGUAUACUCUACAACACCUUUCCAACUGAAUCAUGAAAGCCAUAAUUGAUCUGGAAUUUGAUGCCCCAGAAAUGGAGUCGGAUGUUAGCAGCCAAGUAGCUUCAAACUUGUCCACUAAUGAUACAAAUUCAGACCCUCUUUCACUUGAUUUAACUCUAUACUUCAACAUGCAUGGCCAUGGGACAGACACCGUGGGACUCUCGUUGUCAAGCACAAGCGUAAGCACCAGCAAUACCGACCCCGCAGUGCGCGCAAUGGCCUCGGCCAUGCCUCGAGUUUUUUCCUGCAACUACUGUCGCCGCAAGUUCUUUAGUUCCCAGGCUCUUGGAGGCCACCAGAAUGCACAUAAAAGAGAAAGGACGUUGGCCAAGCGGGAGAUGCGAAUGGGCAAUGCCGGUCUUAGUCUUGCGGCGGCUCUGCCUUUGCUCGGCACAAGCGCCUCUUUCAGGUCACUGGGGAUCCAAGCACACUGUUCGACACACCAAACCUUUGCAGCGACACCAAGAACACACAAUGGUAUAGUUGAACAUGGUUAUGUUGGUGUCCCGAUCUUCAUGGAAGAUGAUGAGUCUGAGCUGUUGUGGCCUGGUAGUUUCCGUCAGAUAGCAGCAGGUAGUAACACCGCUGAUCAUCCAGGUUUUGUACUACCUGGAAGUUCUUUAGUGGAGCUUAACGAACCAGUUUACUUGGAAGACAGUUCAGAGCCAGAUCUGACCUUGAAACUUUGAGGCUUUGCCUCUUGGGAAAACACAAGUUAUGUAUCUCAAAGUUUAGGUCAAAAAUCGAGGUAAAACUCUACUCUAUUAGAGUUUAUUCUUCCUUUCACGUUACUUGAAACGAAGCUUUAUUAAAUGGGCACCAAAUUGUUUACCAUUCCACCAAAUUAUGUAUCUUCAA